AUGGAGACCACUGGCAAAUUAAACAUGACUUUGAGCACUGCGACAAGUCCGCCUUCAGGUGUGAGCAGCACCUCAGGUGACAGCCUGGUGUCUUCAGAAGCGUCUCCCGCUACAGAGGUACUCCACCUUCCCUGGAACACAGCAGUGACCAGCUUGGGGACCAUCACGUCCACACAGGCGUCCCGGUCCUCUGCCCCAGUAGGAUCAGAGACACCCAAAGGCACCACUGCAGUAGUCACCUCUUGGCUCAGUGGGGACACCUCACUUUCCACACCGGAGGCUGGCCUUUCUGAAACCACAGAGACUGAGCCACGGUCAACGUCAUCCCCUGGCCUGGAACCAUGGGAAACCAGCACAUCCCGGCACACCACCAUGGCCUCGGAGACAAUGAGUGUCCCUUCUCCAGUGUCCACUGGUACUACUGCAGAGGACUCUAGGACCCACGUCAUCUCCUCCAAGAGGACAUCCAUCACUGGCCCUGCUCAGUCCACGAUGUCUCCAGACAUCUCCACAGGAAUCAACACCAGGCUCUCUACCUCCUCCAUCUUGACCAAGUCCACAACUAUAGCCAUGGUCCCCAAAACAGUUGUCCCUGGGACUACAUCACAGGACACAAAGUCUGAGACAUGGUCAACAUCAUCCCAUGGCCUGGAACCACGGGCAACCAGCACAUCCCAGCACACCACUGUGGACUCAGAGACAAUGAGUGUCCCGUCUCCGGUGUCCACCGGUACUACUGCAGAGGACUCUACGACCCACGUCAUCUCCUCCAGCAGGACAUCCAUCCCUGGCCCUGCUCAGUCCACGAUGCAUGCCUAG